GUUUGCAUUGUCGAUUGACAUCUGCUGGGUGUUUCAUGUCUUUUCUUCUUCUCCUCUCGGAAGCUGGCAGGAUGGCUCAACGGUCGAAAUGUAUAAUGUCGGGCCACCCCCGUCAUACACUCGGUCUGCCGUUAGGAUGAAGUCAACCAGAGCCUCUCUCGUGGACCGCUGUACAUCUCUCUCUGUCUAGACGACAUAUGCUUCCCUACCGCUAACCGCGACUGAGGAUAAUCUUUCUUCUUCAUCACUUCUUUUAGUUCAGUUGCCCAGAUGGAGGAGCCAUGCAGUACCCUCGCCUUACCUGGGCUCCCCAGUCACGUCACUUCUCUGAGGAUCAAUAAUCUAUGCACUGAGGUGCUAUUGCUAAUUUUUGAAGAGCUUGAUCCCCGGGACGUGGUAACAGUCUCUCGCGUCUGUCAGAGAUUCAACAAGAUUACGACGCCGAUCAUUUACCAUACAGUCCCCUUAGAACGCCUCCUUGACGAAAGACAUGCGAAAGAUAUAUUGUCCCGUCGUGAGGAAAACGCGUUCACUCAUACUCAACGGCUUCUCGUCGGAGGUGGCAUCAAACAUGACGACAUCGAAUAUGGCGACAUCAAACAGGACGACAUCAAGCGUUUCCUAACCAACACAAAAAAGCUUCAGUCAGUGAAGUACACCUAUUCGCCUGGUCGUGGCGUGGAACCUAUGUGCCCCUGGAAACAAGUCUAUGACAUGGGAAUCCACCUGAGGGAGGGCAACGCAAGGCUAUACAUUGACAACUUCACACUGACGAAUCCAAUCGAUGAAGCUUGGAAGGCCAGAGGCUUUCCUCCGAAAGCUGACAUCAGCAAAUCUUUGGUUUCCCUCAGAAUGGGCUCUACACAGGUGCCUCAUUCUGAAUCGGCUUUGCAGAUUCUGAAGAAGCUUCUUCUGAGAACCCCGUUACUGGAAACAUUCCACUACAUUGACAGUCGAGCUCCGCGAGUUCCAGGACGACAGUUUACCUUCGAAGAGAAUCAGCGUUUGCCACCAUUUAAGGACCUCAUGUUGAAAAACUACAACUGGAAGCAUGACGCAGAGGAAGUCAAGUUGCACUGGGACUUUUCUCGAAUCAGGUCUCUUGCGCUUCUUAUGAUACCCGUCUACAAGUUCCUCCAAUCGGUUCCUUUUUCCGCCCUCGCUCAACUACAGCACCUUCAUGCCGAGGACUACAGCGAUCCCAUCGAGUUUCGGAAUAAGCCGCUUGCAACCGAGCAGUUAUACAACCUUAUCAAAGACCACAUAAGGGAACUGCAUACCUUGGACAUUGCUUGCAUCAUUCCAACCUUUUCUAUCGACGCACUUCUGGUUCAUGCUAAAUCUUUGAAGAGCCUGGCCUUUCGGGAUCAUGCUGAAUCCAACAAUCCACUCCAACACCGCCGUGUCUUGAACGCCGAAAAUCUCACCAUCCUUUCAAGGUCUCUGAAUCUGCUAGAAACACUCGAGAUAGACAUUGACCACACAACGUUCCCGGAGGCAUGUCUCUUGGUCCUCUGCCAGUUUCCCCGUCUGCACACCCUCGUACUACAUACACAAACAGUUAUCCGGCCCGUUUCCAAUCACCGUCCUGGCCAAGACCCGGAUCUCACGAGGGCCUACGACUGUUUUACGAUACUUGUUAGGCAACGACCGGGACCAACCAAAUGGCAACGCGUUGUGAUUAAUGUGGGUGGUUGGCGAGAAAGGGUUGUAAAUCCUCGGGCUGGCAGAAGACCUAGGAUAGGUCAUAGGGAGACCUACACCUACUACGGAGCAUGUGUUUCUCAGCGUUUUUUUGUCCUGGAAGAGUCAGCGUCCGGCGAAACGGACCUGAUCUACGAAGAAUUGCCACCAAGGGAUGAGGGUUUGACUCACUUCCAUGGUAACCUUAGGACCGGGAAAAGUCUUGCGAUCAAAGUUGAGGAGGACUCAUGACUAUACAUCUUUACUACGCCCGG